GACAGUGUAGCCACACAGCACAGGGCUAACCAGCACAGUGAGCUGAGGAGAGACACUUCCAGCUCUUUGAGGAGCUAUAGCAUAUAGACACACAUCAGCUGAAAAAUGGCAGCCGUGGACAAAGACGUGGCUGAGAAGUUUCUGGACAGCAACCCUGACUUUGCCAAGCAGUACUACGAUACCAAGUUCCGUCCGAAGGUCAUCUCGGACCUUUUCAAAGACAACAAGACUUCCCAGGUGAACACCAGCAGCUUCCACGAGCUGAGCACAGUGGAGGAGAGUGAGAUCAUAUUUGACAUGGUCAGAGACCUGCAGGACAACAUCCAGAUGGAGAAGGCUAUCUUCAACUUCAUGAAACAUCUCAGCUUCAUGAUACGGUCAGAGAAGAUGAGCCUGUUCAUGUACCGGAUGCGUAAUGGCACGGCCGAGCUGGCCACGAGACUCUUCAACGUGCACAAGGACGCCACCUUGGAGGAGUGCCUGGUCCAGCCAGACAGUGAGAUAGUCUUUCCCAUGGACAUCGGUAUUGUGGGCCAUGUGGCCACCACCAAGAAGACUGUCAACAUCCCAGAUGUCUCACAGAGCAGCCACUACAGUGACUUUGUGGACCAGAUCCAAGAAUACCAGACCAAGAGUGUCUUGGCUACCCCUAUCAUGAACGGCAAGGACAUGGUGGCUGUUAUGAUGGCUGUGAACAAGAUUGGAGCUCCACACUUCACUAAGCAGGAUGAGGAGACUCUGUUGAAGUAUCUCAACUUUGCCAACCUGAUCCUAAGAGUGUUCCAUUUGAGCUACCUUCACAACUGUGAGACCAGAAGAGGACAGGUCCUGCUCUGGUCUGCCAGCAAAGUGUUUGAGGAGAUGACAGAUAUUGAGAGACAGUUCCACAAGGCCCUCUAUACCAUCAGGGAGUUCCUUAACUGUGAACGUUACUCUGUUGGCCUCCUGGACAUGACCAAGACUAAGGAAUUCUAUGACCUUUGGCCUGUGCUAAUGGGAGAAGUGCCUCAAUACGAUGGACCCAAGACUCCUGAUGGCAGAGAAAUAAACUUCUACAAAGUGAUUGACUACAUUUUACAUGGAAAAGAGGAGAUCAAAGUUUUACCCAACCCAGCUCCGGACCACUGGGCUCUGGUCAGUGGCCUGCCCACCUACGUGGCUAAGGAGGGACUGAUCUGUAACAUUAUGAACGCGGCACAAGAUGACUUCUUCAGCUUCCAAAAAGGGCCCGUGGAUAGCUCCGGCUGGAUCAUUAAGAACGUCCUGUCCCUCCCCAUCGUGAAUAAGAAAGAGGAAAUUGUCGCAGUAGCCACCUUCUACAACAGGAAAGAUGGGAAACCCUUUGACGAGCAGGAUGAAACUCUGAUGGAGUCUCUCACCCAGUUCCUUGGCUGGUCUGUGCUCAACACAGACACCUAUGACAAGUGGAACAAGCUGGAGAACAGGAAGGACAUCUUCCAGGACAUGGUGCUGUACCACAUCAAGUGCAGGACGGAUGAGACCCAGAAUGUAUUGAAUACCAGGGAUAGGUAUGGAAAGGAACCACAUGAGUGUGAGGAGGUGGAACUGGAAGCAAUCCUGUCGGAAGUUCUACCACCCUCUUCCAAGUCGGAGCUCUUUGAGUUUCACUUCUGUGACUUUGAGCACAGUCAUCUAGACCUGGUCAAGUUAGGCAUUAAGAUGUACUAUGAGUUGGGAGUGGUGGACAAGUUCCACGUCCCCCGUGAGACCCUCACCAGGUUCUGUUACUCCCUCAGUAAGGGCUACAGGCAGAUCACCUACCAUAACUGGAGUCAUGGCUUCAAUGUGGGCCAGACCAUGUUCACUUUGCUCAUGACAGGUGACCUGAAGCGUUAUUACACAGAGCUAGAGACCAUGGCCAUGGUAACAGCUGGCUUAUGCCACGAUGUCGACCACAGAGGUACCAACAACCUCUACCAGAUGAAGUCUGGAAACCCUCUCGCAAAGCUCCACGGCUCCUCCAUCCUGGAGAGACACCAUCUGGAGACUGGGAAGACCCUGCUGAGAGACCCUGCCUUAAAUAUUUAUCAGAAUCUUAGUCGUGCUCAGCACGAGCAUGUCAUUCAUCUGAUGGACAUCGCCAUCAUCGCCACUGACCUCGCUCUCUACUUUAAGAAAAGAACCAUGUUCCAGAAGAUCGUGGACCAAUCGAAGACCUACGAGACCUGGGACGAGUGGACCAAGUACAUGACGCAGCAGACCACUCGCAAGGAGAUAGUCAUGGCUAUGAUGAUGACGGCCUGCGAUCUGUCUGCUAUUGCCAAACCAUGGGACAUCCAGAGCAAGGUGGCGCUGUCUGUGGCUGCAGAGUUCUGGGAGCAGGGUGACCUGGAGAGGACUGUACUGGAACAGCAGCCUAUUCCCAUGAUGGAUAGGACUAAAUCAGCUGAUCUUCCCAAGAUGCAGUGUGGUUUCAUCGAUUUUGUCUGUGCUUUUGUGUACAAGGAGUUCUCCCGUUUCCAUGUGGAGAUCACUCCCAUGCUGGACCGGCUGCUGAACAACAGGAAGGAGUGGAAUGCUCUGAAGGAGAUACAUGAAGCUAAGCUGGCUGCUCUGGAGGAGGCCAAGACAGUCAAGGAGGAGGCAGCUGUUACAGCCACCGCAGCCAAGCAGGCGAGUGCAGCUGAAGCAGCGCCCCAGUCAAAGACCUGUGUUGUCAACUAGACUUGAGAGAUACCAGUCCUGGACCAAAGUGACUGUACCAAGACAGGAGUUUUACGUUCCUGUACCAGAUAUCGGUCUACUAGAGCUGGUUAGCAUUAGCCUAGCGUAGCCUUACAGUAUGCUGAACUUGAGCCGGUUAGCAUUAAGUUAGUAUACCCUUACAGUAUACAUAACUAGAGUAGGUUAGCAUUAACUUAAUUUAGCCUUACAGUAUACUGAACAAGAGUCAGUUAGCAUUAGUUUAGCGUAGACUUACAGUAUACAUAACUAGUACCAAUUAGCAUUAGCUUAGCAUUACAGUAUACAUAACUAGAGCCGGAUAGCAUUAGCUUAGCAUAGCCUUACAGUAUACUGCACUGUGCUGUACAUUGACCUAUAUAUGGUACCAAACCAGAGGAUCCACAGGAUGAAGCAGUUCAUGGACAAAUUCAAACACAGCCUAUUCCUGUGCAAUGAAUGUAAAUAUUUAGGUAUUUUACUGGAAUUUACCAUGUACUUACACACUCAUUAAUUUGGCAAUGUGAAAUUGACUUCCUUAGAAAUACGGAAUUCAGUUAGCAAAAAAAGGUUGGGUAUCAUUUCCAUAGGCUAAACAUACACUGUAUUCUGAAAGUAUUCAGACCCCUUAACUUUUGCCACAUGUUGAUAUGUUACAGCCUUAUUCUAAAAUGU